AUCCGGCAUCUGCUGCUUCUCCUCCCCGUUCCCCGCUCUCCCAUCCCCACCGAAACAAUUCGCCGAAUCAAGCCACCCACCGAACACGCGGAACCCCCACGAUCCAGCACGAUCCCGCCGCGCGCCGAGCUCCAAAUCCCAGGGAUGGCGACGGCGGCGGCCGCCAAGACUCCGACGAAGCCCCUGGGCCCCGCGUCGGCGGCCAGGACUCCGACCAAGCCCCUGGCCCCAGCGGCGGCUGGGGCGGCGGCAGGCAAGACGCCGACGAAGACACCCUGCUCGGCGCGCGCGCGGCUCUCCCACGCGUCCGAGAACGCCCACCCCAACAUCCCCGGCACGCCUCCUCCCGCGCAGCCGACGCCGUCCAAGCCCGUCCUCAGGUCCCCGGCGGCCGCGGGCGCCAAGUCCGCCGCCUCCGAGAAGAAGAAGCCCUCCACGCCCGCGCCCGCGGCGCCCCCGCCGCCUACGCGGGAGCGGGGACGGCGGUUCCUCGUGGCGAAGAAGGGCGCGCGGCGGAGGCGCGACGUCGGGAGCGUGGGAGGCGGCGGCGGGGGUGAGAUCGACUUUGACAAGUGCCGCGAGGCGGCCCGCCAGGCGCUGCGCGCGUCGCAGGAGGAGUUCUUCUGCAAGCAGCGCGCCGAGGCCGCCGCUGCCAUGGAGGAGCAAUUGGUUGUACAGGACGAGGAGGAGGUGAAGGUCCCCGCUGAAGAGGAUGAGAGAGGCAACGCCUUAGAAGAUGAGCGGGAGGGGAACGAGGCAGAACUGGAGGGUAGUAGCAAGGUGAGGGCGAUGCGGACAAAGGUGAUGGCGAAGGCGAUGAGCAGUGUUCCAGAUCCCGGCGCCGGGCGCGUCAAGCAUCUGGUGCACGCGUUCGAGAGUCUGCUCACCAUCUCCGGCGCCACCUCCGACGCAGAGAAGGUCGGUGAGGGCUCAUGGGCGCUGCCCGGGUUGCAGCCGUUGAAGGAUGACGGUGAUGGUGACCUGGAGCCCCCACCGAUAUCGGUGUUCUCGUCGGCUGAUUUUCUCAAGGCAGUGCCUAAUAAGCGAUGCUCGUCGGUUGAUGGCAACACUGAUAGGCUGAGUUGGGACAGCAGAACAUCAGCUGGAAGGCGUAGGAGCAGGAGAAACUCAUCGGAGUCGCUAAGGAGCAGCUGGAACAAAAAGCUCAAGGUCACAAGCCAGCAUCCCUUCAAGCUAAGGACUGAGCAAAGGGGAAGAUUUAAGGAACAGCAAUUCGUGCAAAAGGUGCAGGAGAUGCUUUUGGAGGAAGAGAACAAGCGUAUACAUAUUGCGCAAGGAUUGCCAUGGACUACAGAUGAGCCUGAGUGCCUGGUAAAGCCAACAAUCAAAGAAAGAACUGAGCCGAUAGACCUUGUUCUGCAUAGCGAUAUACGUGCACUUGAACGUGCUGAAUUUGAUCAACACGUUCUGGAGAGGAACAAGUUUGCUGAGCAACAAAGACUGGAGUGGGAGAGGCAACAGGAGUUGGAGGAGCAAGAAAGGAUUAGGCAACUGAGAAGGACAGAGCUCAUUCCCAAAGCACAGCCCAUGCCAUAUUUUGAUCGGCCCUUUAUCCCGAAAAGGUCGGCAAAACCUGCGACAAUCCCCAUAGAACCAAAAUUUCACCCGCGACCAGAAAAACUAUCGUGCAAUGCAUGGAGCAUGGAAAGUUGAAGCCACCGCCACAACAGUCGUGUGAACGUCAGUUACAUCAGUCCAGAUGAUGCAGAUGUUUUAUGUUCCAUCUCCUCCUCUUCUUGUUCCUAUUCAUCCUUCGCCCAUAUGUGAAGAAUUUUCUGUCAGAGUCAUAUUUUUAGCUUGCUUGGAAAACCUCCAAGUUCUCUUCUGUAUAUCACUGGCUCUGGGCUUCAGGUGCAAUCACACUAAGGUUCAAAAUUCUUUUGUACAAGAAUCUGCGAAAGAAAUUCAAAGGUGAAUUUCGGCUAUGUAUUGUUGACUUAACUGUUGAUUCUCAUCCGCUAUUCAUGAGAGAGCAACCACUACCGUUGUGCA